GUCCCCGGUUCAAUCCCGGGGUAGGGCCCAACUUUUUAAUUCACGGUUUUGUCGACAUUGUCUCUCUAUAUGCGUGCAUAUGUUGCUUUUAUUUCCUUUUUGGUUUUUAUUAGACCGCAACCCUUCUGGUUCUCAGAUUGGGAAGAGAGUAUGGGGCGUUCCGGGUGACAUGUUGUGGAAGCUUGACGCUAGGGUUCAGGUCGGCCUGGGCUGUAGCAUGCUCUCCACUUCAAUCGCUGAGACUCGUCGUCCAUCUGUUUACCUCACUGAUAAACAGACAUGCAACUUUUAUCGACACUGCCCUUAUGAAUAAGGGGAAGUUCUUCGGAGAGAUCGUUACAGCACACUAAAAAGCUGUAACAUUUUGCAAGGCGCUAGUGAUUGUGGCAAUUGCUGCGACUCGAAGGUCAUCGAAGGUCAUCGCUCAAAUGCUUAAACAAUAUGCUCUGCGCCCCCCACAACAACAUUCUGUAUCUCCCUUUGACUAAAACCUUGGCCUACCAACACGACGGUCAGAUUGUUGACAGCGACCGACUGAAAGACCUGUCCUGUCAUUGCCAAGCAUAUAAUCGUGGAUCUAAUCUGGCUGAUGUUCUGUAGACUUAUGGAAUUGAUAAUAUCCUGG